AUGAACAGUCCUAGAAUUCGUCUCGAUCUCCUCACCUCCGAUAUUCUCUCGCGGAUCGUGGGAUUUCUCCAGCCUGGAGAUAUUGAAGAAUUAUCCUGCGUCAAUAAGCGGCUCCGGGACGCGUCAAUACCCUUGCUUUUUCGCGCCGUCAGAUUCGAAUUUUCCAAGUCCAGCUUGAAUGGAUUAAAGCGUCUUUCAAAUUCUGAUAUACGGCAUCAUGUGGUUUCAUUGACAUAUGUCGCUCCGGAAAUUCUGAAACCUGAGAUUAUGGAUUCGCAGAGUUUCACGUCUGAACUUUUAACUCCUGAUGACUAUACCGACUGGAUGUUUGAAGGUCGCGGUUUCCUGCCUGAUGAUUGCCCAUCCUACAUGCUCGUAUACGACGUUUUACGCGAUAUCUGCGAAGAGCAACAAGAGAUUAUAAGAGACGAUCUCGACAAGACUGCUUUAUUCUCCAUCUUCGCACGACUGCCUCGAUUAAGAACCAUGAGCCUAUCUUUUUGUCCAACGAUAGAAGAGGAAGAAUGGAUAGGAUCUGUUCUGGCUCGAGGAUUGACAAAGGAGGAGUCUUGUGAAUACCAUUCCAGAGCUAUUCGAAAUGCUAUUGAGAUCGCGAGGGACUCUACAUCCACUGAAAGCACGGUUCGGGUCCUCCUCACCGAGCAGCCCGCUUAA